AAGCUACGCCAUUUGUAGCUAGUUUCGAUAGUUUCUGAGAUUGCCACCUCUAAUUCCGUCACAUCGACGAAAUUGAGUUCGGUUACAAAUAACAACGCUAUGAAUUCGAAUGAAAUAAAACAUAAAAGAAAAUUGGAAAGCCGCACCAAUAACUGGGGCAAGACUAAGUUCAAGCCGAAGAAGUAUGUUAAGCCAUGUCCAGCCCCCGUGCCGCAGCUCACCUCGACGCCUUGGCAGCUUGUAAAGAACCACAUACUUACGGAUUCGUCGGAACGGGAACACCAAGAUGUGGACACCAAGGACGCCAAAAAGUUCAUGCAGCAGCGUGAACAGAACCACCGGCGGAAUAUCAUAGAAGCCAACCGGUCGCAGGCCACUGAAUGGGAGUCCUUCAACGAUGAGGAGCCCGCCACGGAAAAAAAACAAAAGCUUCGCAGGACCGUUGAGAACUUCACUUUUAAAGACCGCAAUUAUUUCCGAAAGCAUCUCACGCUGGGCUGCGGUGUAACGGCGAAAAAGGCAUCUCUCAAAAGUGCAAUUGGGGAUUUGAAGUAUAAACAGCAACAGGCUGAUUUGAAACGAAAUCUGAAAUCAUCUAAUACGAACGAAGCAAAGAAUAGCAAUCCGUUUCAGAAUAUGCGCGAUAAUGCACAUCCUUAUCAUAAGAAGGGACAGAAUGGGAGAAAUCCGUUUCAAAAAGGUCCGCAGAAUGAAUAAGUUUGGCUUAUUUAGUACCCCUUAGUUGACUUCACAAUCUACCUGUAAUAAAAAAAAACACUAUAAUGAAAAGCAAAA